AGAGAGAGAGAGAGAGAUGAAGGCCAGUGCUGGAGUUGAAGGUGCCAAGAUCGAGAGGAGGACUGUGGAGAGGAACAGGAGAAUCUGCAUGAAGAAUCUCUGCUUCAAGCUGACCUCCCUCAUCCCCAGAGACACAACCAUGUCCAAGCGUGCCAUGAGAGACCAAGAUCAGUUGGACCAAGCUUUCAACUACAUUAAAGAGCUGCAAGGGAGAGUAGAGAAGCUGAAACAGAAGAAGGAAAUGAGGAGAAUGACGGCAGACUUACACUUCCUCCUGGUUGAAGUGAGAAGCAUGGAUUCUACCCUACUGGUGUCUUUCGUUUCCGGGUCGAGAUCAAGUUACAUGUUUGGCAAGGUUAUCGGGGUCCUCGAGGAAGAAGGUGCUGAAGUCAUCAGUGCCAGUUUCAAUCUUGUGGGUGGCAGGAUCUUCCACACCAUUCACUGUCAAGCUUUUUGUUCAAGAAUUGGUUUGGAGCCAUCAAGUGUAAAUGAGAAAUUGAAGAAGUUGGCUUGUUGAGGAUGCAACCUGCAAGAUUACUUCAAAACAUGGAAUCUUUACAAAGUGUCACAAUAGUUUCAUGUGACUGAACUGUUAUUAUGCAAAUCAAACUUUGAAUCAGGAUUCUUCUUAGAAGCUAAAAUAUAAUUGAUAUCAUGGAAUAAUGGACACUGUGUUUGUUCUUAUCCAGUUGGUAAUAGCCCUAUGUGAGGCUAAGUUUGAUGUUUAUGCUAAAGUCCCUUAAUUAUGUAUGUGUAAAAGUGUGCACAUUGUAAUAAGAUUACAAUAGUGAAUGACAACUAUUCC